UCAUGAUCUGGAAUGAAGAUGAGAAUCGAUCUAACGUGGGGCAAGAUCCAAACCCAACACGUGAACUGGGUAGCACCCAGGACCUGAGGAGAUCCCAGCAGGCCGGAAGAACCCAUCGGACCUAAGAAGGCUGUCUUGCGCUGCCUCUCUGCACGCAGAUGCGUGUUUUCCCAGUGGACACAUGAGAAGGCGAGUGGCUGUCAGGGUCACACGGCCUGUCACACCAGCGCUGAGCCAGCUUUACCCACUUUGUAAGGCAGCCCCAGCAUUUCUGACACAUCUGCUUAGCUCCCGGUACCUGUCACUCGCGCCCUGCGCUGGCCCUGCUCCAGGAAGGCCUCUGCUUGGAGGUCCCUGUGACGUGAAGCAAGGUUCCAUGGGGACUGGAGGCCUCCAGGGCAUCGCCCCAUCCUGGCACCCUCACUCUCAGGCCAUCCUUCCAGGAGGAAAGGAGCCCCGAGUCCUCAGAGGAGGAGACGGGAGGUGGCAGGGGGCAAACACAGGCUGCGGCCCCAGACAGAGCCACAUGGUCCCCUGCUCUGCCCCUUCUAGCCAAGUGACACGGGACAGCCUCUCGCCACUCCGUGUCCUCAUCCCCCAAGUGAGUCAGUAACAUCCACAUCACAGCGUGCUUGUGAGUUGUGACCCAGCCAAGCCCAGCACGGUGACAGUGGUGAACUUCACGUGGUGCUGCACAAGCUUGUGCAGUAUGAUCUGGCACUCACAAGGUCGGCGGUCAGCACGGUGGGCGUUACUCCCCUACUCCCCCCAGGCACAGCAGCAGAAGCUGGGGCCAGACAGAGUGAGUGACACAGGUUGUAUAUGGCAGGCCAGGGAUUGCAGCCUCACUGGCCACACUCCAGAGGGGCGUCCUAGGCUCUAGGAAGGUGGGGGCUACGUCAGUAACAAUCAUGCCCCUGAAAGGUCUUGUCUCGGGCUGGUAUGAGGUGUGAUGGGAAGACUCCUGGCAAUAGGGGACCCCCAAAUUAGGAGCUUCCCAGGGGAUGUGCCUGCUGACGCUAAGCAGGCUGGCGGUGGCAGAGCUGCUUCCUUCUCCCGGGGCUCUGGCUCCAGUGGGGAUUAAGGGCUGCAAGGGGAGUACUGACAUAGCACCUCUGAUUAGCACUCCUAUGUCAGAGGGGCUGGCCGGGAAAUGAGGGCACUGGGCUGGGAGGUGGGAGGGGGCAGUGCCCAGGACCGGGGCUUGGCCUGAGGAAGCCAGCUGGUUCCUGGUGGGUCCCAGCCUGUGAGGAUGCUGCCCUGCCCUGCCUGCCCCUCACCCUGGCCAAGGACCCCACUGAACUCUCACCUCUGCUCAGGGGGGCUGUGCCCCGGCCUCAUUUCCCAGCCUUACACUUUGGCAGGAGAAGGCAGGCUCGAGAGGGGCAGCAGGAGCCACUGGCUCGGCACUUGUCAAAACACAGGCCUCCGAGGUGUGAAGUCCUCACCCCAGCAGGAGGGCAUGUGGGCCCUGCUGCCCGGAGAACUCAUUAACUCCCGGCAGCUCCCAAAUGAACCUACCAGAGAGGCCAUGAUAAGGAGAUCAAAGACAAGAGAGGCAUGGGGAAAGGGAAGAGGGAGGCUGGCUGGCAGGAGGGGGGAGAGCCCAGGCUCGGCUUGGGGGUCCCUGCUCUGCCCCCACUUGGCUCCAUCAGGCCCAUGGACCGUAGCCUUUGCACAACCUGGGCCCAGAGACGCCAGGGGCAACAGGAGAGGGAGGGACUCCCACGUGGCACCUCCAGUUUAUCAGCCUUUAAGGCCGAAGACCCUGACUCUUUCAUGCCAUUUUUGUGGGCUUUUUGUUUCCACACUCACCCUUGGGUCUUUUUAUCCCUCCCUCAACCCUGACACCAGAGACCCUUUUGUCACACACCACUUAUGGCGCCUUUUCCUGUUCCAGAUCUCUCUAUGGCUCCCAUGUAGACAUUUAACGAAUGUUAACUAUUAGGUUCCAUAUCUGAGAAACCUCAGGGCCCAGAGCUGUUUUCAGGACAAACAGUCUGCCUCCCAUGCAUACAGCCUCUUGUCCAAUUAUGUCUAUUUGAUUUUGUACUUAAUAAAACACAGAUUUCACUUUGGGGCAUUGUUGACUACAAACCAGUGGAAAUCAUAAUCAUGUGGGAAUUGGAGGGAUUUUUUGAUAUUCAGAAGGCUGGCAACAGGGUGCCCAGACCCUCUGAGAUCCCUCUGAGGGGUGCCCUGCUACGUACCCCCACCUGUCCAGCCUUCACCCUGCACCCCCUUUUGCGCUGUACACAACACUGCCAAGUUCCAAUUGCUUGUUCCCUUGGGUCCAGCAGGAUCGAAGGGGCCCCAGUCACUGGGUUCCAAUACCAGGUUCUUGGCUUGGACCUGGAGACCACCAGGCAUCUAUCAGCCAGGGGCAGACCCUGCUGACAGCUGCAGGCUGAUGGGGGCCCUCCUGGGCCAGGCUCUCCUUGGAAGUAGAUGGGUCCUAUGCUGUGUCCCCAGGGAGUGGGCUUCUCCCUUCUCCCCAAGGGUGGUUUGGUAUUGCCCCUCCUGGAUGUGACCCUGGACAUAAGCAUUCGGGGGCUGCUGGGACAGACAGCAGAGGGGAGCGUGUGUUAGAGGUGGUCAAGGGCACGGAAGAUAACAGAGACAAGGGAAGGGGGUGGUGGUGGGCAGAGAUGCCCAAGGAGAAGGUAGCAAGCCGUUUGGCUUCCUUUCCUACAAAUCAGCUCUCCCAUCAGUCUCCCAGGGCUGGAAGCCAUGGAGGAUGCAAAACUUUAGAUCCCCAGCACUGGAAGAGACCCUAGGUACCACUUCUCUUGAAGACGUGAAGCCAGACACCAGGUUCUGCAGUCCAGCUGGAGAGCAUCUCGUGUGAAGUAGCUGUAGCUGUUACGACAAGGUGCAAACUCCAACCAGAGGGGUCAGGUAGACAAUACAGAUUAUGAGAUUUCCUAUGUGAUAAUCAUGGUGUCUGCAAAUAGCUUUAUUUCUUCGUUUCCAAUAUGCAUGCUUUUCUGUUUUCUUACUGCCCAAGCUAGACCCUCCAGGACAAUGGUGAAUAGGCUUAGGUAGGAGGUGACAAUCUCGUUUUGUUCUCAAUAUUAGGGUGAAAACUUUCACUCUUUCACUAUCUAAUAUGAGGUUAGCUGUAUGUUCUUUGUAGGUGCCUUUUAUCGGGUUGAGAACGUUCCCGUCUAUUCCUCGUUUAUUGGGAAUUUUUAUCAUGUAGCGGUGUUGAAUUCUGUCAAAUGCUUUUUUGUGUGUCAUUUUCACUCACAUUUCAUUGGCAAAGCCUAUUAUACCUACCCCAAAGUUGCAGAACACCAGCUAGAGAUGAGUGGUGGCAGCCAUGGCAACAGGGGAAGGCCCUGAUCCUGCCCAGCUUAGGGGGUCCUGGAGGGCAGCGGGCUCACCCCUCCCUCGGCUCAGAUGGUCCAGCAACCUGAUCAGAUUCUGCCAGCUUGUCGGAUGUGCCUGGGAUAGCGUCCUCAUAGUGUUCCCCUCUACUCACCGCCACCAGGGACGGUCGCAUCCAGGACCAGUCUGUCUCAGAGAAGGAAUGGAUCACUAUUUCUCUCACUUGUAGCAGGAAUCAUGCCCUCACCCCCAAUCCCUAGCUGAUUCUACAGACCUGGAUGCAGCAUGACCCUAGGACCCCAUUAUAUAAAGUGGAAACGAAGGUGCAAGAAAAUUUAUUUGCAAGGUCCCCAACAGGUGAGGGCAGCCCCAAACCUACCUACUGGACCUCCAGGUCUCUCUGAUCGUGCUUCCUUUAACCUGCUGAGCUGGCCCAACACCCGGAGCUGGGCGCAGGCAGGAGGCCGGAGUGGCUGAGGACGGUGCCCAUGCGAGGCCGGGGGCGGGGGUUGGGGGGGCAACCUGCUGCAGCCCACCGGCCGGCACCUUCGCCCUCCCCUCCGUUGGUUCAAAGGGUCAGGCCCCGCCCCCUCCAGGCCCUGAGCCAGCUUUGAUGUGCUGAUGUGGCCGGGAAGGGGCCACUUCACACCUCGGGCUCGGGAUAAAGCGGUCCCCGGCCGCCUGUCCCCAGACGCGCCGCCGCUGCCAUGGCCCAGUCCCUGUGCCCGCCGCUCUCCGAGUCCUGGAUCCUCCCCGCGGCCUGGGGACCAGCUCAGCCGCUGCCACCCACCGACAGGGACUGCGGCUGCUCCCCCGCCUCGUCCCCGAACUCCUGGGGCAGCGCCCCGGUUGGCAGCCCCGGGCCGAGACCCAGGCGGCCCGGAUCUCGCGCAGCCCCUCGCGUCGCGGCCGCCGAGAGGCGCGGCGCCCGGAGCAGCCGCCCGGGCGGCGGGCAGCAGCGGCAGAGCGCCAGCGAGCGCGAGAAGCUGCGCAUGCGCACGCUCGCCCGCGCCCUGCACGAGCUGCGCCGCUUCCUGCCGCCGUCGGUGGCGCCCGCCGGCCAGAGCCUGACCAAGAUCGAGACGCUGCGCCUGGCCAUCCGCUACAUCGGCCACCUGUCGGCUGUGCUGGGCCUCAGCGAGGAGAACCUGCGGCGCCGGCGCCACAGCGACGCGGCGCUCCCUCAGGGCUGCCCGCUCUGCCCCGACGGCGGCCCCGGCCUGGGCUCAGCCGCCCCCGCCGCGGGGUCCUGGGCGUCCUCCGCCACCUGUCCCGGAGUCCCAGCGGCGCCCGAGCCGCGCGACCCUCCAGUGUUCUACGACGAAGCGGCGUGCCCGGUAGGGCAGGCGACGGAGCCGGACCCGGCGUCUCCGCUCUUAUCCGGCGACGUGCUGGCUCUGCUGGAGACCUGGAUGCCCCUCUCGCCCCUGGAGUGGCCACCGGCCUGAGUAGUUGAAGUGACGACGGACAACUGGCGCCCUGUCUCUGAGCACUGAAGCCUCGGCACCUUCGAAGCGACCCCUCUCCAGACUCCCUCUCCUGGCUGAGGGCACCUGGGAUGCUGGCAUGGGCAUUCCUGAGGGUGAGAGCCUGUCCCCACCAGGACCACCCUCCCUAUCCCCUCCCGCGAUGGAAGGAACCAUAGGGUAGACACUUAGAGGCAGGCAGGAGGCUCUGCUUAAUAUGUAUUUAUUUAUUUGUGAAUAAACUGUGCUGGUGUCAAUUGGCAAUUUCUUCUUUCUCUGUAUGGACACAUAGCUCCCUCCCUCUCCUCCAGAGAAGACUGUAGGACAAUUGAGAGAGUGUCUUGCAAUCUUGAGCCCCCAGAGUGCACAGGCUGGGACCUCCUUCCUCCUUGCCUCCGGCCCUGGCUUAGCACCUCCUGUACCAGCCUGGCAGGGAACGUGCUUCAUAUGGAAAAGUAGCAGAAAAUGGAGUCUGUCCAUUUUUCGUUUUUUAAACCUGGUCGGGAGCUAGAGAAAAACCAAAGUUUCUCUAGAAAAUACAUCUCAUUUAGUGAGUACGUAUUGUACUUACUGUGUCGGGUCCUUUACACAUUUUAUAUCCAAAUAACCAUUUGUCAGAAGGCUCAACUAAGGAUCAACUAAGGAUCAGCACUCGGCCCCUGGUAGGAUUUUGUUAGGUCCAUUCAUUCUGGGGCCUGAGGGGACACCAGCUCCACGGGGCCAUUUCACAUGUCCCGAGUCCUUAUUCCCUUUGUGCUGGAGCAUCCUGGCCUGGACUCUGGGACUCUCCCAUCUCCUUUCACUCAUGUUUCCUUCCCAUGGGAAUUACGUAGGGACGUAAAAUAACAUCCGAGUUUAUGUGACCUGACCUCCCAGAGGCCUAGGUGCAUGAGAGGCCCAUCUGGCUGCAUCCAAGCCCACACAGCUGACCUAGGACAGGCAGGCUGCCACAUUCCUGUCUACAUUGGCUGCUUUCAGAUUAGAGAAUUGCUCUGUGGGGAGAGGGGAGCCUUGAGCCCAGAAGGAGCCUGGAUGAUUGGGUCUGGGGAUCUGGUGAGCAGUCAAGCCUGGGGGCGGGGCAAGGGGGAGGUGGGCAAGGGGAUGUAGCCUCUCUGUCUAAGGGUCCUUCAGCCCUCUGUGGAUACCCAGUUCUCCCCUCUGGCCUCCUCAAGCUUUGAAACAUAGCCAUGGUAUUUGCUUUUUAUAAGAACUUUAUUGAGAUCUAAUUUACAUACCAUAAAAUUCCAUACCCCUUUAAAG